CGCAAGCUCGAUAUUUAUUUGCGACGGCUUGGCCACAGCAUGGCGGGGUGUAGCUUGCAAAACAAAGACUUCACUCAAACCUCGCCGUAAGUCGGCCAUCUUGAAACUCUGGCUUCCGGCUACACUGCGUUGCACAGGGACCGCUAGCUUUCGCUAACCCCUAGAUUCGCUAGGCUAGCUUCGCUCGAUUCGCUACGUGCUAUGCAACACGCCACUGUUGAUUUCCUUCAUGGUAGGAAAUGCUACUCUAGUUAUCGUGCAAGAGUAGCUUCCCCUGCAAUAAUCUGCGAAGCACACGUCAACUUGUUUUUAAAUCACAAUCUUCGUUUGUUAGAAAUAUCUGAAAGUGAACAUGAGUGAGCACGCCGGAGGUACGCAGUCCGCUGUCCGAAAGAGAACAACGGCUAAACCUUUUGAAGACAGUCAGUCAAGGCGCACUGAUUCUUCGUCUCAAGAAGAGGGGAAGAAAAGACAAAAGCGAAAGUCAAAGAUGUUGAUGUUGGCUGCGUAGUUGGCAAAGGAACGUUUUGGUUCACUCGUAUCGUCCUUUUGAGAUAUCUAGGUUUUAUUUAUUUUGUUGCUUUCCUUGUGGCCUUGCACCAAAACAAGCAGCUUAUUGGCCCCAAUGGGCUGCUUCCAGCAAAUUUAUUUUUAGAUAGCAUCAAGAAGAGAAUGGGAGGGCUGAACUUCAACACCAUUUUCAAUGUACCAACCAUAAUAUGGAUGUUUGACUAUGAACACAACCUCUCUACUUUACUGGAUAGGAUUGCCUUGACAGGCUUAGCUUUAUCGGGAUUAGUAAUUGUUCUUGGAGCAGCCAACUGGUUCAUAAUGCUGACCCUAUGGGUCCUCUAUCAUUCUCUUGUCAAUGUUGGACAGCGAUGGUAUGGAUUUGGUAAGUUGAUAAUAUUGUCAAUGAGGAAUUCAGGAUGGGAGUCUCAACUGUUGGAGACGGGAUUUCUUGCUACAUUUUUGUGUCCUGUUUGGUCCUUGCGCCAGAUGCCACGUAAAACGCCAACAUCUUUUAUUAUCAUCAUGGGCUAUCGGUGGUUGAUAUUUAGGAUCAUGCUUGGAGCAGGGUUGAUCAAGAUCAGGGGAGACAAGUGUUGGAGAGAUCUUACUUGCAUGAACUACCACUAUGAGACUCAGCCAGUGCCUAACCCUAUGAGCACCUAUAUGCAUCAAGCACCUGAGGCAUGGCACAAGUUUGAGACAUUGUCCAACCACUUCAUUGAGCUGGUUGCCCCUUUCCUUCUUCUCAUGCCGCGUCCAUUCUGCCUUCUAGGGGGAGCUUUCCAGAUUCUCUUUCAGGUGGUACUGAUCAUCAGUGGAAACUUGAGUUUUCUGAACUGGCUGACAAUAUUGCCAAAUCUGGCCUGUUAUGAUGAUGCCAGUUACUCUUGGAUGUUCUCCAAAAGAGUACUUAAACAGGUGGCUGAACUUCAAAAGUCCAACAUGAAUAACUCUACCUCUGCCCCGUCCAUCGACAUAGGUAUGUAUAUCAGGCGUGUAUUCAACAUUGGAGUAGGACUGCUUGUAGCAUACCUAAGCAUCCCAGUAGUUCAGAACCUAUUGUCUUCACGACAGGCAAUGAAUACUUCUUUUGACCCUUUGCGACUUGUAAAUACAUAUGGAGCAUUUGGCAGUGUUACAAAGAAGAGGACAGAAGUCAUAUUUCAAGGCACAUACAGUAAUGACCCCUACAGUCCCAAUGCAGUCUGGGAAGAAUACGAAUUCAAAUGCAAACCAGGAAAUGUCAUGCGAAGACCAUGUUUGAUAUCACCUUACCACUACCGCCUGGACUGGCUAAUGUGGUUUGCGGCUUUUCAGAGCUUUAAUCAAAAUCCAUGGCUAGUGCACCUGGCAAUCAAACUUCUCGCUAAUGAUGAAGAUGCCGUGAGUCUCAUUGCCUACAACCCUUUUGCUGGCAAGCAGCCUCCCAAGUUUAUCCGAGCAGAACAUUACAAGUACCGCUAUACCAAACUUGGAACAAAUGAAACUGUGGGAGGUGCUUGGUGGAAGAGGAAGUACAUUAAGAACUAUCUGCCACCAUUGUCCAUGCAGUCUGCAAAACCGAUUCUCGAGCAGAUGGGAUGGAAGAAACCAAAGAUCAAGCAGAACUAGGCAGAAAACUCGAAUGCUCAUGCUACAUGAAUGGCAAUACUUCUGCUUUUUUAAUAAAAAAAAUCAUUGA